AUGUUGGGAAGGCUGCUGCACCUGGGCUCUGGAGGCCCUGCCACGCCUACAGUUGAGUCAAGCAGCAACAAUGCGUCUCGCCCGAUUCUGUCCCUCGAAUCAGUGCAGGAGGAUAUUCAUACUCGCAACCUUCUCUUUCCCGAUGCUCAAGCCCUGUACCAACACCGGAACGAUCAGGUUUUCCCCCUAUCCACUACGCCUACUACGCCAGGCAUAUCUACGGCAAACGCUUUUGACUAUAGCGAAGAUGUCGAUCUUGAUGUCAAGGAUGUUCGAGUUGUUGUGAUGCAAGAUGCACUCGGUCCUGCCAAUGCGUCUCUUCUGUUCGAUAGUCACCCACCUCCAGAUGCCAUGGCGACCUCGGACCGCUCCCCUGCUCUUCAGGAAGCCAGAAGAGACCCUAUUUCAUCGCGCAAGGGCAGCUUGACCCAGUCAGCAAGGCCUUUAGUGAUACCAUCAGAGAGCCCUCAGCCUCGACAGGGUGCCUUUGAUCGCCGGGCAUCUAUCCACAGCCGAAGUCAGAGCUACCAUGAAACCGAAUCGCAGAGAGCUGCCCGCGAGUAUAGGGAGGAACUGGCGACCUUCUCCAGUUGCAUAUUUGGGAAUUCCGAGCUGAUGGCAUAUAAGGGGACGUCGACAAAGGUCCAUGUAGUGCCAAGCGAGGCUCGCGCGAAUGAAUCAACUACGUCAUCUGUCUUCAGCGAUGGGAAGAGCUCCAUUGGCCGUUCAAGUGGUCGUUCCAGCAAGCUUUCGCAAUCCUACUCCUCGCAGGUUGUGUCGCCCACCAUCGGAGCCUCGCAUCCUCUCGGCGGAGUUCCUCCCCGUCAGAGUGAUAGACGCAAAGUUCUCAUUACGCGGCUGUUCCCUGUGAGUCUCGCCGCCGAUGACGCCGAUCAUAGUGUUACACCACAAAACCACAAUUCCGACGACAAUGGUGGUUUCCCUUUCCCUGCGCAAAGCGACGAAUCUUCUCACAAGAAGAAAAAGCCUCAACCGAAGCAGAGGCGUACACCCAUGUAUGCUGUGGUGCUCGUAGUGCAAAUCCCAAAGCCCUCGUCCAGAAUGUCGUCUGCUGUCCCAACCAAGUCUGUUUUCCGUGAGUCGGGCUCAUACCAGGAUCAGGAACUAUUUUCCUCAUCCUACAACUCUGCAAAAGCUGGCUGGAAUAUGAUGUCAACAUCAGGCAUGUAUGGAGAGGCCGCAGAUUCUCUUGACAUUGAGGAUAGGAUCGACUCUUUGACCCGACAUUGGGAUAUCAUCAUGAGAACCUUGACGCACCUCCAAUCGCUCGUCGCCACAACGAUACAUUCGAUGCUCAAGCAAGCUGACAGCACGUCUCCAGGCCCAUAUUCAGGGUCAUCCGGCUCGAAUUUCGUCUCUCGAACCCCUUCAAUGACAGAACGUCGCGGAAAUGAACUGCCCCGAGCUAAGCCACCUAAGAGCACCACUAAGCUCGUGUCAUUACUGCCAAACUGCCUCGCGGAUGAUGUCAACAUUGCCUCUGAAGUUGGUUUGGCGCGAAGUAGAAUCGUAAUGGGACUCAGCGCUGCUCGCGUUAUUACUGGCCAAGGUCGAUGGGGUAUUUGGCGUGACGAGGCCAUCUGGACGUCGAAGUGGGCAGCAUCCACGGAACGUACUGCUUUCUUUUAUAAUCUUUUGACAGGGUUCCUUGCAACUCAUACCGACUGGCUUCAAGCUUUGUGUGGCCCCUCAUAUCGUAAACGAGCCACUUUAGCCCGCCGAAAUAGAAACGAGGAGGACCUGUCUCUGCCGGCCCGGACCAUCAUCAUAUCCGACGAUAAAAUGGCCGCUCGUCGACUAAUUUUUCUUCUUUCUGCUUUCCUCCCUGCAAAUCAGCAGAUCCCUACUGCUAGAGCGCACAGGCCGAGUGCGUCGGCACCCGUUGGGGGAUAUUCCAACUCGCCGCCGACCUUCAUCAUACCCGUUCUUCGGGAAGAGUCUCUCCGUCGCAAAAUCAAUCGCCGAAGUGGGCUGAGACGGACGUCGCAUUCUAGGACCACAAGCCAGAGCGCUAGGAACUCAGGCCACGUUCCUCAGCUUGCGCAGAUUGGCCUUGACCGUAACCACCAAAGGCGAGCAUCUGAUGCAGCAUCAAUUCGUACGACAAAUUUGCCAAUGCUGGGAACUGACCUUGUCACGCGUAAGAGCAGCGCGGCGACGACCACUACCAUCAUGCCCGAGACGACCACACCUCACUUCACGAGCGUCCAGCAACGCGACUGCCAAAGACGAUCACGACCUGGAAGCAGCGGUAGUGUAGCAGCGGACGAUUUGAAGCGAUCUCUUAAGCGAGGCGAGCACAGUGGCCAGGCUGGUGGAGUUUCCCGACCGCCUAGUUCUGGAUUGAAAUGGGGCAAUUUGAUAAAUGGUCUUUGGAGUCCUCGUCGAAGAGACUCAAUGGACAGUGGUACUUAUAGUCAAGGCAGUGCUGAUCUUCGAUCUCCUAUCAAAACUAGUUUCGGCAGAACCGACAAGCUGUCCGAAAUAGUCAAGGAGUCUCCCGAGGAGCGAUUUGGGGCUGCAAUCGUGGACUCGGCACAGGAGGUCGACGCCCCUAGAGACAACUACAGCGGUGUGCGUGGACGAGGGUCCUUUGCACAGGCGGACCGGACGCCGGAUCCCACUGGUGCUUUCGAAUCCCCUGUAAAAACCUCGAUCAAUGCAGAAGACGGCGUGAUUGACGUUGAUGUGCCUUUCCCGGAGUAUAUCACGUCUUUCGAGUCGGCGAUUAGCUCCCCUUCCAGCAGCGGGUACUUGUCUACUCCCGGGCUGCCAAGUGGACUGGAAGCUUUUGAACAAACUCGCUUUGCCAUCGAAGGCGAUUUGCCUUUGAAUGCUGCAGGAUGGCUCAAUCGCUUUCACCCAGACUUUGCGUUGCAAGCCCUGCCUCCGCAGGAUAAUCUCCUUGACAAAGUCAAGGCUGCUCUGCGAGCGGAGCCGUCCCCGGCACCCACCACCCAAAGUAAUGAUCUGUCUGAACGCUGGGUUGAUGUAAGCAGCGUCAUGAUCGCAGAUGCCACCAAUAACUCCGUCUCCCGAAUUGUCUAUCGUCGAUUGGUCAAACCCAAGGCACAACACGACCCACCCAGCGGAAACCUUGGUGCUGGCGGAUAUACAAUGCAUACGCCAUCGAUCCUGCCUUAUGAGACCCAACUAGAAGAGGAGUGGAUUGAGGAGCCAAUCUUCACCUGCGAUGAAGCUCUGCGAGAUGCGGUUGAAAGGGCGAUUCAUUUCAACAGCGACGCCAGCAAAGGGAGCUCAACAACAUCAUCGUCACAAACCCCCAGCGACUUUCAAGGAAGCAUGGAGAGUGACAGUACCAUGCCCGACACUUUGUCGGAGGUCACUCAGCUGGCUAACCCUCCACUUGACGCUCCCAGAGUCCAGUGCAAGACGGUGAUUUUGUCUGCCCUCGAGGAUAUGUUUCGCGAAGCAGUCGACAGCCGGGACACGGGCCAUACUGGCCGCGCGAAUAAUCGACUCAACCGCCAUCGCCAUAGUAUCCUGUAUGACGCCGUGCGAGCCUGGGUGGCCAGCAUGGACGCUGUAGAAUAA